CAAUUCCUACAAAAUUGUCUAAAGAAUAAUUAAGGAAAAAUAUUAAAUGUAAAGUACGUAGAUGUCAUAUUAAUUAUGGAAGGCCUUUGCAUAUCUCUAUGAACAACUCCUACAAUAGAAUAAGUAUCAGUUUCUUUUAGAGUAGUGCAGUUCAAUGCAUGCAUUUACUAUAUCCCAAGAGAGUUCAAACCCAGAAUUAUUUUUGACCAGAUUGACAGAUACCCCAUUAAGAUUAAAUUUUUUUUUCCUUUGCAACUGAAGUUAAAAAAUCUUGCUUUUUGAGAGAGUGAAGUUUUGUAGGAAUGGCAGGUGGGGGUGGAGGUACAUCAAGACAACUUGAUCAAACACCCACUUGGGCUGUUGCUGGUGUUUGUGCAGUCAUUAUUAUCAUUUCUAUUGCUUUGGAAAAGAUUAUUCACAAACUUGGCACUUGGCUCACAGAUAGGCAUAAGAAAGCUCUAUAUGAGGCUCUGGAAAAGGUUAAGGCUGAGUUGAUGAUUCUUGGUUUUAUCUCAUUGACCCUUGUAUUCAGCCAGUAUUAUAUUGCUGGAAUCUGUAUCCCACCAAGUGUUGCCGACACAAUGCUCCCGUGCCCUGCUGUUGACAAAAAUGCUAAAACGGAGGAAGCCGAGGAACAUCGGAGACUUUUAUGGUAUGAGCGCAGGAUUUUGGCUGGCGCGGAGCCUAAAUGCAAGGAUGGACGUGUUUCUCUCAUUUCUGUCGAUGCGCUGCAUCAAAUACACAUCCUAAUAUUCUUUUUGGCGGUCCUUCAUGUGAUAUACAGUGCUAUUACUAUGUGGCUUGGAAAACUUAAGAUUCGUGGCUGGAAAGGAUGGGAACAAGAGACCUCAACCCAUAACUAUGAGUUUUCAAAUGAUCCUUCAAGAUUUCGGCUUACUCAUGAGACAUCAUUUGUCAGAGCACAUACUAGUUUCUGGACCAGGAUCCCAAUCUUCUUUUACAUUGGAUGUUUCUUCAGACAAUUUUUCAGGUCCGUGAAUAAGUCUGAUUACUUGACCCUCCGCAACGGUUUUAUCAGUGUUCACUUGGCCCCUGGAAGUAAAUUUAACUUCCAAAAGUAUAUCAAGAGGUCAUUGGAGGAUGACUACAAGGUAGUUGUUGGUGUCAGUCCAGUUUUAUGGGGAUCGUUUGUGGUUUUCUUGCUCCUAAAUGUUAGUGGGUGGCAUGCGUUGUUCUGGGCAUCCUUAAUUCCUAUGAUUAUCAUUUUAGCUGUUGGAACAAAGCUUCAGGCGGUGUUAACAAGGAUGGCUCUUGACAUCUCAGAGAGACAUGCAGUAGUCCAAGGCAUCCCUCUUGUACAAGGCUCAGACAAAUAUUUUUGGUUCGGACGACCUCAAUUGGUUCUUCACCUCAUCCAUUUUGCCUUAUUUCAGAAUGCGUUCCAAAUAACAUAUUUCUUGUGGAUAUGGUACGAGUAUGGGCUAAAAUCUUGCUUCCAUGACAAAUUUGGCUUCGUCAUCGCGAAAAUUGCUUUGGGGGUGGGAGUUUUAUUCUUAUGCAGUUAUAUCACUCUUCCACUCUAUGCCCUUAUAACUCAGAUGGGCUCCAAUAUGAAGAAAUCCAUUUUUGAUGAACAAACCUCAAAGGCGUUAAAGAAGUGGCAUAUGGCCGUGAAGAAGAAAGCGGGAGCUAAGGGAGACAAAUCCACGCGAACACUGGGCAGUGGAAGUCCAAGGUCCUCAGUUGGCUCGCCUCUACACUCAUCGAUUGGUCCUACACUUCAUCGGUUUAAAACUACCGGUCACUCAACACGUUUCAACGGCUAUGACGAUGUAGAAGCCUCUGACCUCGAGAACGAUCCAACUACACCGAUAAACCGUCCCGAGGACUCAAAUGCACAUGUUACUGAUGAUGAUACUGAACUUCAAGUGCAUGUUCCUCAAAAGGAAGAAUCUACUAGGAAUGAAGAUGACUUUUCAUUUUCGAAGCCUGCCCCUCAAAGGUGAAAAGGAAGCAGAUAACAAAUGCAUAUUUUUGGAGGAAUAUUAUACGAAGUAGUUAGCCAUUCCCAGAGAAUCAUAUACAUAACAUAUUGUCUCCACUACUAUUUCUUGCCUUUUUACUAUAUUCCAUUUUGAAAUUAUAAAAGAAAGGAAAUUUGGAUUUAGCCAUGAA